GCCAAGAGCAACGGAAGCCACGUCAGACGCAAGCGGAAAGUGUAGCGUAGCCGUCAUUGUGUGGAGGAGGGUUGUGUGCUGUCCUGUUUAUCUUCACUACGAAAAUGCCGGAGUUAGCGGUGGAAAAUGUGGUUGUUCACCCGCUGGUGUUGCUCAGCGUGGUUGAUCAUUUCAACAGAAUAGGGAAAGUUGGCAACCAGAAACGAGUUGUCGGAGUCCUCCUUGGGUCAUGGCAGAAGAAAGUUCUUGAUGUGUCAAACAGCUUUGCAGUGCCAUUUGAUGAGGACGACAGGGAUGACUCAGUGUGGUUCCUGGAUCAUGACUACUUGGAGAAUAUGUAUGGCAUGUUCAAGAAAGUUAAUGCCCGAGAAAGGAUAGUCGGAUGGUAUCACACAGGACCGAAGUUGCACAAGAAUGAUAUUGCCAUCAAUGAGCUCAUCAAGCAGUACUGUACCAAUUCGGUGUUAGUCAUUAUAGAUGUGAAGCCCAAAGAUCUCGGCCUGCCCACAGAAGCAUACAUCUCUGUCGAAGAAAUACAUGACGAUGGCACUCCGACAUCCAAGACAUUUGAACAUGUCACCAGUGAGAUUGGAGCUGAAGAGGCAGAAGAAGUGGGAGUUGAACACCUGCUCAGAGAUAUCAAGGAUACCACAGUGGGCACUCUGUCACAGCGCAUCACAAACCAGGUUCAUGGUUUGAAGGGACUGAACUCGAAGCUGUUGGACAUCCGCUCUUACCUUGAGCGAGUAGCAGCAGGCAAACUUCCCAUCAACCAUCAGAUCAUCUACCAGCUGCAGGAUGUCUUCAACCUGCUGCCAGAUGUUAAUCUACUGGAGUUCACAAAAGCGUUUUACCUUAAGACCAACGACCAGAUGCUGGUGGUCUACCUGGCCUCGCUCAUACGCUCUGUGGUGGCUCUGCACAACCUGAUCAACAACAAGAUUUCCAACCGAGACGCAGAAAAGAAGGAAGGACAGGAAAAGGAGGAAGGAAAGAAAGAGAAGAAAGAUGACAAGGAGAAAAAAGAUGAGAAGGACAAAGAUAAGGAGAAAGCGGACGGUGCCAAGAAAGAUGAGAAGAAGAAGAAAUGAGUGUUCUUUCUUCAAGGUCUUCUCUCAGAUCACGUCGUCUUCAUCUGGAUCGUGCUCUACUUUCUGCCCACAGUCACAGCUCUGUAUGUGGGUCUCGGGCUAAAAGUAGGACUGUAUAUGGGGAAUGGUGUCAUUUGAGAUUUGGCCUCAUGGUUACAAGUGGCACUCAUAAAGACUGUUCUUAUCGUACAGAGAUGAUGUUUGCUUCUUUGGUGUUCUGAACUAUGAGAACCUGUUUAUUCUGUUUUCAUAGUUGCCAUGCUCCUGGUGUCGUACAACACCUGGUAUUGAUUUUUUGUAAGAUGGAGAAAAAUGUUUUGUUUAUCACACAUUAAAUUGGGAUCAUAUUAAAA